CUCGGAAGGUUUUUCCUCUUUUGUAUAUUUUCUUUGUGAGAGACCUUGAUCAGAUCCCUCUCUGCGGUAAGAGAAAUCGGAAAAAAAUUUACUUAUUUAAACAAAAUCCCUCGAGAGAGAAUCCCCUUCUCCUUCCUUCGCUACUUUGUGCAUCUUCUACGAACGAUGGCGAUGGUGUUCAGGAAAGCUGCUGCUCUGUCGUUUUUGUUUGUUCUAACUCAGGUUUCCUUGGUGCUGGGUUUCCCACCCACGGCGCCUGCUUUUUUCUGGUCUUCCCACCGCGAUCAACAGUUUCCAAACAACAGAAUGGAUGAGGCAGUGAAUUAUCAGACUAUUUCUUCAAGGGAUCUUGCCAGGUCUAUUCUGGCUGAAGGGGGCUGGUCAAACUUACUGUGUGCGGAACAGAAACUUCAGCAGUCUCUGGAUCUAGCACUUGUUUUUGUUGGUAGAGAGCUGCUGUCUUCAGAUAUUUCCACAAGCAAAAAUGCAGAUCGAGCUCUUGUAAACAUGCUCAAGGUCUCUUUUACAAGGUCUAAUUUCUCCUUGGCAUUCCCAUAUGUUGCUGCAUCAGAGGAGUCGUCGAUGGAGAAUUCUUUGGUUUCAAGUUUUGCAGAAAACUGUGGGCAGGACACUGGAAUCAAUAAUGUUGCUUUUUCAGAGUCAUGCUUCAUAGAGGGUGACAACUUUCAAAAGCUUGCAGAUGUGCAUGCAGUUCACGACUAUUUGGUUUCAAAGAUGGAAAAGAGAACAAAUGGGCAAGCAGAUCUGGUUGUCUUCUGCCACGGAGGCUCUUAUUCUGCAAAAGGACUUGAGAAACCACAAAGUGAAAGUCAAAUUUUGUCUGAGCUUAUCAGUUCUGUUGAGUCACUAGGGGCAAAGUAUGAAGUACUCUAUCUUUCAGAUCCAUUUCGAUCAAUCCAAUAUCCUUCUCGUCGAGAACUGGAAAGAUUUCUUGCUGAAGGUACUGCUGGAUCACUCAAUUCCACAAUUUGUGAUGAAGUUUGCCAGAUCAAAUCAUCACUUCUAGAGGGAGUUUUAGUUGGGAUUGUUUUGCUUAUCAUUUUAAUAUCAGGCCUUUGCUGUAUGAUGGGCAUUGAUACCCCAACCAAAUUUGAGACACCCCAAGACUCUUAAUAGGUUUCUGUCCGAUAAUACCUUUUUAUGUAGUGCACCGACUCUUCAGUUCCAGGCAAUAGUGUAUGAGAUUUGUUGUCCAUGAUCUAUUUGCAGUGAACACAGAUGUUGCCCACUUAUUUUACUCCACUGUGUAAGGGCAUUAUAUGAUGUCGGCAAUAAUGAAGUGCAUUUUUCUUUUGGGACAUUGUGUAUCAUGGGUACUUUUGUUUCAUCCUUGGGCAAUGUAAUCAUUUGAUUCUUU